AUGAAGCUUCAUAAGUGGGGGUCCAACAGCGCAGUCCUAAAGAAAAUGCUGGAGGACAACGUAUCCGAAGAGAGAGUCCUUGGACAGCUGACGGGAGUGGUGAAAGUGCUGGGUAUAACCUGGGAGUCGAACGAAGACAAACUGUCUUUCACAACAGAACAGGUGGUCGAGUUUACAAGCCAACGCAGAAACACCAAGCGAUUCGUGCUCCAGACCACGGCGCGACUCUACGACCCACUCGGUUUCCUCUCUCCUUUCGUGAACCGAGGCAAGAUUUUGUUUCAAGAGAUCUGGAAGCGGAACCUGCGUUGGGAUGAUACACUGCCGGGUGAACUGAUGGGAGACUGGGAGAGUUGGUGCGACGAGCUCACCAAACUGGGUCAGAUCAGCGUGCCCAGGUACUACGACAGCGGACUGAGCAACAUAAUCAUACACAGAGCGUUGCAUGUGUUCUCGGACGCCAGCUCUUCCGCCUACGGAUCGAUUAUUUUUCUGUGUUCAACUGACGACAGGGGAACGAAGAAGGCGACAAUAUUGCUCGCUAAGUGCCGCGUCGCCCCCCUGAAGGAAAUUUCCUUGGCGAGACUGGAGCUCAUGGCAAGCUUGAUCGGAUCGAGACUACUGAAGUACGUCAAGACAUGCCUCGAAAUCCAGGUGGACGAAGUUCACUUUUGGACGGACUCGAUGAUCACUUUGCACUGGAUAAGAGGAGAGGCCUCCAGAUGGAAAACGUUUGUCAAAGACCAAGUACUGGGGAUACAAGGAAACUCAGGGGACGCAAAGUGGCACCACUGCCCGGGUAAGGCAAAUCCCGCAGAUUUGAUGACCCGAGGGCUGAAAGCUGAUCGACUGCUUUCUGCUGCACUCUGGUGGACCGGACCAACUUGGUUACAGCUUCCAGCAACCGAAUGGCCCGAAGAAACUGUUGGGGUGCUUUCCCACGACAAGCUCGAGGAGAAAGCUUCGAAAGCUGUAGUCACGCUAGUGCCUGCAGACACAUCCGUGGAGUUCAUGGACAUUUCGAGAUUCAGUUCGGCUGCGAGACUGCACCGAACAACAGCCUGGGUGCUUCGGUUUGUCCAUAACCUUCGAUCACCAAUCAAAACUACUGGAUCGCUGAGCGCUGAGGAGAUCCAAGCAGCACAAACCGUUUGGAUAAAGAAGGCACAAAGCUCGACGUUUGCCUCCGAGAUUAGUUGUGCAGCUGGAAAAAAAGUAGCGCCGCCUGGUUCAGCCUUGCAAAAUUUCCAAACGUUCGUCGACCAAGAGGGAGUGCUCCGGAUCAAAGGCCAGCUGGCUAAAGUAAACAAAAAGCUAGACCUCCUACUCUCCAAGAAAGACACCGUCGACACCCUUCAUGAUUUACACCCAAAAGUCGACGCUCUGUUGUCAAUGAAACAGGUGGUAGACACUAUGCAAGACUCGUUGAAUGCGCUGCAGGAAUCCGUAAAUUUUGUCUCCGCUCAAUACGAUUCGCUCGUGACAACAGCGAAAUCCCAAGACCACACCAUCAAAGCCAUGCAACUAGAACUGAGCGCCCUGCGAUCUUCUACCGCGGAGCAGGCGCUCGAAAUACAUCGGCUGAAAUCAUACCAAAACGACAAGGAGCAAGUCGAUCGUCUUUCCAACAUGGAGAUACAUGGUAUUCCGUUGAAAACUCAGGAAAAUAUUCGCGAUAUCAUGUCAGACCUCGCGGAGAAAAUUGAAGUUGAGGAUUUUCAGGCUGUUCAUGUUAUGUCCGCCCAUCGCCUGCCUGCUAGGCCUGCUAGGCCGGCUGCUAUACCUCCUAUAAUGGAAACUAUUCUGGAUUGCCCGAACUAG